UGGAUUUUUCUCUACUCUGAACUCCAUAGCUUGAUAGCUUUAUAGUACCUGCUUUUUCUUUUGAAUCAACCGGAAGAGAAUUUAUUCUCUUUUUCAAAUCGAUCUUUUUCAUCUACUUUGCUUUUAACUGUUUUGUUUUUUGGAGCUAAAAAGAUUCUGUUUUGUGCAUCAUUUUCUCGAGAAAAUGAAUUGAUUUCCCCAGAAAGAAACAGUCAUCUAACCAAAAUCUCAAACUUACUGGAGAAAAAGAGAUGCCUUUGAUUCGAAGAAGAAAACCCAGUGAACCCAGUAAAACCCCGGCAUCAGAUUCAAAACCCCAGAAAGGAACACCUGAGGAGGAGGAUGAAGAUGACAAAAACAAGAAGCCCCCGUUGAAAAGUAAGAAACUUGAAGAGAAACCCAGGUGGUCAUGUGUGGAUUCCUGCUGUUGGUUCAUUGGUUGCGUAUGUGUAACAUGGUGGGUACUGUUGUUCCUCUACAACGCAAUGCCGGCUUCGUUUCCGCAGUAUGUUACUGAGGCAAUAACGGGGCCGUUACCAGACCGGCCAGGAGAGAAACUGAGGAAGGAGGGGCUGACGGCGAAGCAUCCGGUGGUGUUUGUGCCCGGAAUUGUGACGGGUGGGCUUGAGUUGUGGGAGGGGCACCAGUGUGCUGAAGGGUUGUUUAGGAAACGGUUGUGGGGUGGCACAUUCGGCGAAGUUUACAAAAGACCUUUGUGCUGGGUGGAACACAUGUCAUUAGACAAUGAAACCGGAUUGGAUCCUAGCGGUAUAAGGAUCAGGCCUGUUACUGGACUUGUGGCUGCUGAUUACUUUGCUCCAGGCUAUUUUGUCUGGGCAGUUUUGAUUGCUAACCUGGCACGCAUUGGAUAUGAGGAGAAAACCAUGUAUAUGGCUGCAUAUGAUUGGAGACUCUCAUUUCAGAACACUGAGGUAAGAGACCAGACAUUAAGCCACAUUAAAAGUAAUAUUGAGCUGAUGGUAGCUACCAAUGGUGGGAAAAGGGCAGUUGUUAUUCCACACUCCAUGGGUGUUCUAUAUUUUCUACAUUUUAUGAAGUGGGUUGAAGCACCAGCUCCAAUGGGUGGUGGGGGUGGACCUGAUUGGUGUGCUAAGCAUAUUAAGGCUGUGAUGAACAUUGGUGGGCCAUUUUUGGGUGUUCCCAAAGCUAUUGCUGGGCUUUUCUCUGCCGAAGCGAAGGAUAUUGCAGUUGCCAGGGCUAUAGCACCUGGUUUUUUGGAGAAUGAUAAAUUCAGCCUCCAAACCUUGCAAUAUGUGAUGAAGAUGAGCCGCACAUGGGAUUCAACCAUGUCAAUGAUACCAAAGGGUGGGGACACAAUAUGGGGUGGUCUUGACUGGUCACCUGAGGAUGGCUAUGUUUGUAGCAGAAAAAGAGAAAAGAGCAAUGACACCCAAAUUGUUAGGGAAGCUGGCCCCGAAAGUGCAGUUUCUCAAACAAAGAGUGCAAAUUAUGGAAGGAUUAUAUCAUUUGGGAAAGAAGUGGCUGAGGCACCUUCAUCAGAGAUUGAGAGGAUUGACUUCAGAGGUGCUGUAAAGGGUCAUAGUGUCGCAAACACUACGUGUAGAGAUGUGUGGACAGAGUACCAUGACAUGGGACCUGGUGGUAUUAAAGCUGUAGCAGAAUAUAAAGUUUACACUGCUGAAUCAAUAUUAGACUUACUUCAUUUUGUUGCUCCAAAAAUGAUGACGCGUGGCACUGCACAUUUCUCAUAUGGAAUUGCUGACAAUUUGGAUGACCCUAAGUAUCAACAUUACAAAUAUUGGUCAAACCCCUUGGAGAUAAAGCUACCAAAUGCUCCAGAAAUGGAAAUCUUUUCUCUUUAUGGAGUCGGCAUACCAACGGAAAGAGCUUAUGUUUACAAGUUAUCUCCUGGUGGAGAGUGCUAUAUUCCAUUCCAGAUUGAUACUUCAGCUGAUGAUGACAAUAGCUGCCUGAGAGAUGGAGUCUAUUCUGUUGAUGGGGAUGAGACUGUUCCUGUUCUUAGCUCAGGCUUCAUGUGUGCUAAAGGUUGGCGUGGCAAAACCAGAUUCAAUCCUUCUGGAAUUCGGACAUACAUUAGAGAGUACAGUCAUUCCCCUCCAGCCAAUCUGCUGGAGGGACGUGGCACCCAAAGCGGUGCUCAUGUUGAUAUGAUGGGAAACUUUGCAUUAAUUGAGGAUAUUAUAAGGGUAGCAGCUGGAGCUUCGGGAGAAGAUUUGGGAGGUGAUCAAGUUUAUUCUGAUAUCUUCAAAUGGUCCAACAAGAUUGAUUUGCAAUUGUAGUUUAAAGUGGAUAUGGUUCCGAGUGGACAGGCAAAGUGAUCCUCUGGGAGUCCCUCAUGCCUGCUUCAUUGGCUGGGAGAAAGCUGCACUGCAGCAUCUAUUCUGUGUGCUUGUACCAUUAAAACUGUAACAUUGUUCAAAUUGAUUAUAAUGUUAAUGGUUUGUUUUAAACUUUCUCAGCUUUGGAAAUGCAUUCAACAAAUUAUAGUAUCUAAG